GUUCCGCAUUUCGGGUCGGCGAGGUUGGGGAGGCGGGCUAGGUGAGUGCAGAGGCUUGCGCUGGCUUGUACCGGCUGGACCCCCGACUCGAAGCAGCAGAGGACCGUGCUUCCGGUGUCCGCCGGCUGAAGACCGUCGCUCCCUCUCGGUUCCGCGCCGGCUCCGAAUCUUGACCGCGGCGGGGGCCAGCGGCCCCUCCCUUCCCCUCUGAGUCUAGAAGAUGAGCUUCCUCUUCAGCAGCCGGUCUUCUAAAACAUUCAAACCAAAGAAGAAUAUCCCUGAAGGGUCUCAUCAGUAUGAACUCUUAAAACAUGCAGAAGCAACUCUAGGAAGUGGGAAUCUGAGACAAGCUGUUAUGUUACCAGAGGGAGAGGACCUCAAUGAAUGGAUUGCCGUUAACACUGUGGAUUUCUUCAACCAGAUCAACAUGUUAUAUGGAACUAUUACAGAAUUCUGCACUGAAGCAAGCUGUCCAGUCAUGUCUGCAGGUCCAAGAUAUGAAUAUCAUUGGGCAGAUGGUACUAAUAUUAAAAAGCCAAUCAAAUGUUCUGCACCAAAAUACAUUGACUAUUUGAUGACUUGGGUUCAGGAUCAACUUGAUGAUGAAACUCUUUUUCCUUCUAAGAUUGGUGUCCCAUUUCCCAAAAAUUUUAUGUCUGUGGCAAAGACCAUUCUAAAGCGUCUGUUCAGGGUUUAUGCCCAUAUUUAUCACCAGCACUUUGAUUCUGUGAUGCAGCUGCAGGAGGAGGCCCACCUCAACACCUCCUUUAAGCACUUUAUUUUCUUUGUUCAGGAGUUUAAUCUGAUUGAUAGGCGUGAGUUGGCACCUCUUCAGGAGUUAAUUGAGAAGCUUGGAUCGAAAGACAGAUAAAUGUUUCUUCUGGAACACAGUUACCCUCUUGCUACUGCUAGAGCUAUCUCAUUGCUAUCUGUUAUAGGCUAGUGAUGCAAACUUUAAGAAAACAGGAUAAAAAGACACUCGUUGUCUGUGUCUAGUGAUAAAAUUGUCUCAAAGGUAGAUUGGCCUAAUACCUUCAGAGUGAGAAAUUCAGGAUAGCCGAAUCUGAGGCACUAUGUGACCACUCCUGUUACUGUCAGAGUCACACUUGGUUAUAAUAUGUGAUGACUAACCAGUAGUUUAUUCGUUUACUUAUUAUUUCUUUUACUGAAGAAAAUGAUUGAGACUGUUUCAGGUGACAAAACAUAAAUGGGUAAUAAGAAUUUCCACCAAUAAUUUAUUAACAAGUUUCCAGAACAAAUUUCCCAGUAAUGCAAUCAGAUUAGUUUUAUUCUGCUUUUAUUUUACAAAAAGAAGAGGUAUUUCAAGUUUAAGUUUAACUUAAAUUUAAGUUUCCUUAAGAUUUAGAACAUUUGUGUCACUUUGGAUAACCUUUUAGUUUGAAGUUUGUGUGCUAGUGUUUUUAUAGAUAAGAAUAUAUAUGUAUAUUUUUUCAAAAUCCAUGAUUGCAAUUUAAUCAUCAUAUGACAUAUGUGGUAUGGGAGUAACCAAAGUUAUUUCUAAAAUAACUUUAUUUUUUAAUCUUUAUUUGGAAUUUUAUUCACAUAAACCUAUCUAAAUUUUUAGGAGUAUGUGUAUAUGAGAAAUAAUUUUUAAGUCAUCUAAGGAUAGUCUUGUAGAUUUUUAUUUCGAAAUGCUUCAUUCAGACUAAUUUUACUGUGUAGCUUUUGGCUGAGAGAAAGAAAACGUCCCAAAAAAUUAUGACAUAUUUAGGUCUCAGAACCACUAUUUUCAUUCACAUUGUUUUUCAGAGGCCUUGAAAUUUUGGAUAAGAGAAUGGAAGAAAGUACUCAGAGUACUUGAUUAUUUUGUUUUGAGUUUCCUUUAAAAAAAUUACUUCUAUGUGUUUUUAUUGUGACUUGAUACGUAGUUAAGAGUAGUGUAGAAAUGCACAAACUUUAUCCCAAUAAGGAUAAAACUUAAGGAAAACAACAAUAAAAAACCUUAAAGAUGUACACAUUUUAUAACACAGCUAAAAGUUUAGUGUGCUACCUGUUCUUUAGUGUGUGUGUGUGUAUUUGUGUUUAAAGGAGACAAAGUAGGAAGAAUAGGUUAAAAAAAAUUUACUUCAUUCUGUUAAUAGUCAAAGGAUGGAUUGAGCCCCAUAUGGGUUUUAUCCUGUUUUAAUUGUUUUUGUAUCAAAACUUGAAAUUAUUCUAUUUCUAUUGGGAUAAAAAGAAUCUUCGCCUUUAGUGAAGAAAAGAUCUGAUUGUCAUUAGGUUUCUAGGAUUUAGUCAACUCUAGCUAACUGUUUAAAAUGUACUGAGGCACAAGUAUACUAAAGACUUGCCAGACUGGCAGUGCUUGAAGUUCAUCAGCAUUCUGUGUUUGAGAGCUGAUUUUUGCAAAGUACUCACCAUCCUUGAUAGCUUUGAUAAAGGUUAGAUUUCAUAAGGUUUUUUUUAAUUUAUUUGCAUUAUUCCACUAGAUCAUAAAGAAUUGCUUAGAAACUUCAUU